CUAUAUUUUCCAUUAAUUCUUGAGAACAUCCUCAUUUCUAUCACUAUUCAAGAAGUAUUUCCUGCAAGAUACCAAUUAUGAAUCGUGCGAAAACGCUUCCCAGUAUAUUGUUGAUUGUCUUUAUACAUCAAUUUUGCACUUCACUAGACACCAUAACCAUUAACCAACCCAUUGUAGAUGGCAACAUUAUAGUUUCUACUGGGGAAACCUUUGCACUUGGUUUUUUCAGUCCAGGUAAAUCGAGCUACCGUUAUCUUGGAAUUUGGUACAACAAAAUUUCAGAAAAAUCUGUUAUUUGGGUCGUAAAUCGGGAUUCUCCUAUCAAUGAUACAUCUGGUGUCCUCUCAAUCAACAGUCAUGGAAACCUUGUCCUUAAUAACAGAAACCAAAUGACUCCCCUAUGGUUCACAAAUGUUUCGGCUUUGCCAACAAAUAAUUGUAUAGCUCAACUCUUAGAAUCGGGAAAUCUUGUAUUGUUUCAUAGCGGAAGUGCCAUAUGGCAGAGCUUUGAACACCCAAAAAAUACCUUGCUUCCCAACUUAAAACUCGGGCUAGACAGAAUAACAGGUCUGAACAGGUUCCUAACAUCUUGGAAAUCUUCAGAUGAUCCUGAUACUGGCAAUUUCUCAGUUAGGAUCAACCCUGAAGGUUAUCCACAACUGUUCCUAUACGAGGGUCAUUUUCCAAAGUGUAGGUGUGGUUAUUGGAAUGGCGUUAGAUGGUCUGGAAUACCAAAAAAGCAGGGAGUUACAUUUAUCUUCAACUACAGCUAUGUGAACAAUGAGAAUGAGAUUUCCUUCUCGUGGAACAUUUUAUAUGGCUCAAUCUUGACAAUAGGAGUGCUAAAUGAGUCCGGCAUUUUCCAACGGUCCAAAUGGCAUGAGAACCUAGGUCGAUGGGAAGAGUUCACAUCUGUGCCCAGGGACCAGUGUGACAUCUAUGGAUUAUGUGGAGCGCAUGGUAACUGUGUUUGGUACAAUGGUGAAAUCAACUGCACUUGUCUUCCCGGGUACCAGCCCAAAUCACCUCAACAAUGGUAUCGAAAAGAAGGGUCAGUCGGGUGCGUUAGGAAGAAUCAGAUGGCACCCUGCAGAAACGGUGAAGGAUUCGUAGAGGUGGUAAAUGUGAAGGCUCCGGAUACUUCAGUUGCUCAUGUAUUAGCAAAUUUGGAUAUGAAAGCUUGUAAAAAUGAGUGCUUGAGAAAUUGUUCAUUCACUGCAUAUGCAAGUCUAGGUACGACAGAAGGAAGUAGAUGUUUGAUAUGGUAUGGUGAUUUGCUAGAUACAAGAGUAUUUACAGAAGGUGGACAGAGUAUAUAUGUGCGUGUGGAUGCAAUUGAGUUAGCUCAAUAUGCAAAUAAGCGCAAGGACCUUCUUGCAAGGAAAGGGAUAUUGGUAAUUAUGAUACUGUCCGUAGCGACAGCAGUUUCCUCUGUUGUUCUUUUCUCAUGCUGCUUGGUGAGGAGGCAGAAGAGAUUAUCACAAAAUGGGCAACAUGAAAUGUUUAUCUGUAGUUCUAGUACUCUCCCAGAUGAUCAUCCAAGGGAAAAGGAGCUUGGCAGAUCUGGAAGUGAUCCACAUUUACCUUUCUUCGAUAUAGACACAAUAGUAGAAGCAACUGACAAUUUUUCCAACAAACUUGGAGAAGGUGGUUUUGGCUCAGUGUAUAAGGUAGUAUCCCAUGAAAAGUAA